AUGGAGGCGCCGCCGCGGGGGGCCCAGCGGGGCUGGUACCUGUCCGCCCGGCGGCAGCGGGACUGCAGCCAGGGGGAGGAUGGCGACGGCGAAAGCGAGGAGGACGAGGAGACCGUCCCGCUGCUGCCGCCUGCGUCGGGCAGAGGCUCCUCGCAGCGCGGCUCCUCCUUCGGCCUCUCUGUGUUCAACCUCAUGAACGCGAUCAUGGGCAGCGGCAUCCUCGGCUUGUCCUACGCCAUGGCCGGCACGGGAGUCCUGGGCUUCAGCGCCCUGCUGCUGACGGUCGCCGGCCUCGCGGCUUACUCCGUGUUCCUGCUCCUCAGCAUGUGCACGCAGACCGCUGUCACUUCCUACGAGGACCUCGGCCUGUUUGCAUUUGGAUCAGCUGGAAAGGUCCUUGUUGCAACUACAAUAAUUAUCCAGAAUAUAGGAGCUAUGUCAUCUUAUCUGUUAAUUGUGAAGUCUGAGCUUCCUGGUGCUGUUGCAGGGUUCUUAAGUGGAGAUGAGAGCGGGUCCUGGUACCUCGAUGGGAGACUGCUGCUACUCAUUACUUGGGUCUGCAUUGUAUUUCCCCUCGCGCUUCUUCCUAAAAUCGGCUUUCUUGGCUACACAAGUAGUUUAUCAUUUUUCUUUAUGGUGUACUUUGUGCUUGUGAUUAUGAUAAAAAAAUGGUCCAUCCCUUGUCCUCUACCUCUGAGCAGUGCAAUAGAGACUUUACAGGUUUCAAAUUCUACUGCGGAUUGUAAAGCAAAGCUCUUUCAUCUUUCAAAAGAGAGUGCUUAUGCAAUACCAACCAUGGCCUUCUCUUUUCUCUGCCAUACCUCAGUCUUACCAAUUUACUGUGAGCUCCAAAGUCCAUCCAAAAGUAGAAUGCAGAAUGUAGCUGUCACAGGAAUUGGCCUGAGUUUCAUAAUUUACUUUAUGUCUGCUUUGUUUGGGUAUCUGACAUUUUAUGACAAAGUGGACUCUGAAUUGCUGCGAGGUUACAGCAGUUACCUGCCACAUGAUACUGUCAUCAUGACUGUUAAACUGGCCAUACUGUUCUCCGUGCUUCUGACAGUCCCUCUAAUCCACUUCCCAGCGAGGAAGGCUGUAUUGAUGGUGUUUUUCUCUCACCUUCCCAUGUCUUGGAUUGGCCACAUCCUUGUCACUUUACUUCUGAAUACAAUCAUUGUUUUGUUUGCACUGUAUGUGCCAGACAUUAAAAAUGUAUUCGGAGUCGUUGGUUCAACCACAUCGACAUGUUUGCUUUUUGUGUAUCCUGGACUGUUUUAUCUUAAGCUCAGCAGAGAGGACUUUCUGUCACCACACAAACUCGGGGCAUGUGCAUUGCUUAUUUUUGGCGUUUGUGUUGGUCUGCUCAGUUUAAUUCUGAUAAUCCUCAAUUGGAUUAAUCAGUGAUGCCAUGUGGUUACUUUCCAAAGUGGGCUUCAGGAGGACAGCAAGACCCAGAGAUACGGACAGCCUACAGAAAGCACUGACAGCAACCAUCUUCAGAAGAAAUAACACUUUUUCAGCCUGUUGGUGAUGUUCCUUCAUUACUCUUGAGUCUAAAAUACUACUUCUUAAUGAUGCUCUUGUGGCAGGUACAAAGAUCUCUUGAUAAUUCCUGCUACACAAAGAUGGUUUGGAGCACGUGGUGAAUGAAUGCAGAACCUUAAGACAGCUUUUCUUUUAAAGAGAAUGAGAUGGAUUUUAAAUCAGUUGUGAUGUGCAUACAGCAUAUUAUCUUAGCAGACUGCAGACUACUUAGAAGACUGCUGUUGCUUUAUGAUUUCCAAAAGUUCAGCCAGUUGAUAUUAGGAACUGACUGAUUCCAAGUGUUUACCCUAAUUUAUCCUAAUACAUAUUCAGAGGCCAGCCAUCUUAGUCCAGUUUAAUGGGCACAUCAUGAGAAGUGUAUUCUUGUUUUAUACCUCCUGUGUACUUGAAUCAUAUUGAAGUAAUUUUUAAAUGAGCAGCUUUUGCCCAUCCAGCAUAAUAAGUUCUUGCAGCAUUAGUGAUUCUGUUUGUAGUUAAUAACUGAUCACUUUCAGUUAAUUCAGUAUUAUUCAAAUUACCUCAGUAUUCCUGCCAGCGGGAGACUUUUCUUUUUCUCUCUCACUCCCAUUUCUACCAGUGUUUCCUAUUUGAAGUAGAACGUAUCUGUGUUUUAUGUACUGCUGUACAUUUGGACUUGAAAGGUGGCAUUCUGCUGUCCUAAAGGCAAAGGAGAUUUUAUGUUUAUGGAACCUUGAUUUUACCCCAAAUCUCGAAACAUUCACACACCCUUUUGUAAUUGCAAUUUUUUUCUGUCUAAAUGAAUCGUGAAUGUAGUUUUCAACACCAGCUGGGCUUUGUUACAUAUAGUAUGGGGUGCCCACCACAGAAGUCCCUCAUAUCAGCCACUGCUUUCAUUCUACUAAUAUCAUGGUAAGCUUCCUUAAAUUUGCUACUAUCAGAUGGAGUCUGAUGUCUUUAGAAUAGCCUAAUCUCUUGAGAGACUUUAUACCCUGAAGAAGUUAAGCCUCCGCAGAAAUGCUUUAUGUAAAGUUCAGAAAUCAGACCUCAGACUCACAGCAAGAUUUAGAGAGUGGGAAAAUUCUUCAUUAUUUCCAGAUGCAGUAUUUCUUUUAAUUUAGCUUAGCACUUUUACAUCUGAGAAUUGGAAUGAAAUACAAAUGAAACAUAGUAAAUUAAUUCAUUUGUGUAACAUGAAAGAAGCUAGUGUAUGACAUUUAUGGAAAUGUUUCUGUCCGUAAGGUGAACAGUAAAUUAGUUGACUCUAGCUAGAAAAUCCUGUUGAAACAGUUCUGUUAAUAUGUUGACAUAUGUUUUCUCAUUUGAGAUACGGAAGACGCCCUAGAAACUGACAUUUCUAACCUCUUAGCAGCAGGUCUGUCUUAAGUUCCUGUGCAAAACUGGGGCCAGAAACUAAAGGUGAGCAAUAAAGCUACAGCAAAAUCGUAUCUGUGCCAUUCCCAAAGGCACUUCAUGCACUUCUUGCAUAAACAGUCAUAUUUUCCCAUGAUGCAGGAGAGGCAGCAUUCAGUCUUUCAAGUAUUGAUUUUUAAUUUUUGUUAAUGUUGUCACGAUAGCUGGUAACUCAGCUCCUCACUGCUGGUGGCUGUAGAGCAACCUGAAGAUUGAUUUCAGCUUGGAAGGACUUCACUUGUAAGCUGACUGCCUUGGGAAAGCGUGGCUGCCUGUGCCAGUGGCUGCAGGGAGCACUGGGCUCUCCAGAAAAAGAUGUGCCAAAUUCAACAUAACCCAGAGAGAAUGCGCUUGAUCCUUCCCUGUGUAAUAGGGAGGAACAGAAAAUAGCAGAGUUGGAACCAACAUCUCUGUUCCUGAGCUGGCAAGCUGUGCCUUCUCUGACUUCAGUGCCAGCAGAUCACUCAACUCUUGGGAUCCGUAAGAUGUUUUUCCUUUUUGAUAGAUGGCCUGCAGGCACCCAGGUGGUUUUAGUGUGCAGUUGGUACUGCUUCAGGAAUCCUUUUGCCUGGGGAAUGUUCUUCUGCUUAGGAGUUUAAUGCAAAAAUAGACUCGAGUGAUGAGGCAUAGGAACUAAUUCAGGAGUUUUGUUAGGAUCCCCAUUCUUUAUAAGUCAGUACACUGUAUUCUGAAAAAGAUUGCAGGUGUUUUUAUCACAAAGUUUAUACCUGGGGUUUCAUGACACAAGGUGAGGUCACUACCAGAAACAGCAUGUCCACUCCUGGGUAGACACUCAGCUUCCUCCUAUGGCACUGGCAUAGUGGUGGCUCCUGCUCAGUUUCACUAGCAGAAAACCUGGAAAGAUGAUGAGUUAUCUGCCAAAAACUGAACAAAGUGAGCUCUCUUGGAGACAGGGAAGGGAAGGAGGAUGGAGUUGGACUGCCUUUUUAAGGCCACAGCAGCCAUUAGAUCAGUGUUUUUCUCACAAACCUCACUCUCCAUCUUUGUGCACUUGGGAUGCUUCUAACUUGAGAGCUGUCUGGCCUCCUGUGAUCAAGGGGUUGGUCAGACAGUUUCUCAGCACCGUGUGAGUAUCAGGGAUUGGGGCUGUCCAUCUUGCCUUUGUCCUUGCAGUUCACCCUUCCUUUUCAGUUCUUGAUAAUCAGGUGUAGCCCCUCCUGCCUGUGGCUGCCCUCUGAUAGCUUUGUGCUCCCAGGCUUUGUUGGCUGUGGGGAUUCUGUCAGGCAGAGCAUCUCUGGCAGCAGUGCAAAAACCUGAGUAUCUAUUUCAUAUGAAGUGUACCUUGAGAAAUCAAUGAUAGCUGCAGAUCAGGAAAUGAUUUUCUAACUGAACCAAAACUUAGGAAAACAGGAGACCUUACAUUCACAUCAGUGAACUGUAGAUAUAUUUUGUAAGAUGCUAGAAAUUAGGAAGAAUAUUUCUUAGAAUUGUGAGGUUUUAUGAAAACCGUUUCUCAUAUAUCAUGGUCUCGCAGCUUACUAUUCAAUAGUAGUUGUAAGACAUCAUUGCAGGCACUUUAUUUUAAACUCUGAACAGCAGGACUUAAUGUGGAAGAUUUACAUCAUCUGUGAAGGUACAGAAAGUUGGCAAGAUUCUGCUGAGCUUUUGCUCUUUGUUUCUCCCAGAGAAAAAAACUGAGUCUGCCCUGCCCUGCAAUCCCCUAUAUCUGCACAGUUGGGUUUGUGUGCAUCAUGUUAAAAGAUGGGGCUGAGAAAAUGCUUGAAAUAAGGCGUCGGUUUUACAGCUGAUUCCUGUAAUGCUAUGGAAAUUACUGCAUUACUGGUUUUAAGCUCUGGGUACAUGAGCCAGGCUGUUAACUGACUGCCCUGGUAGGUAGCAUUGGGCUGAUGAAUACCAGUGUGUGAAGUUAAUGUUCCGUGAGGAUGAAGGGAAGCAAUUCGCACCUCUGCUGGAGCUCUAUUAUUACAUUUUGGCUGUGGUGCAGAAGGGAUGGAAGCACACCGGUUUGCUGAACGCUGUUAUCUUCCGUUUGCAAAAGAGAAAUGCUGCUGCUUUUAAGAGGGUCCUAUGAUGUGUAACUUAAAACCUGAGGAGAGGGGCAGAAGGAGAGAACUAUUGCUGCUAAAUUUAGGAAAAGGUGCAUUCGUUUUCCACAAUUCAGAAACAGAGUAAGGACACUAUUUUUAGUCUCAGUCUUCCCCAGACUGUUUGUGCAUUAUGUCCUGUAAGGGUUUCACUACAGCAGUACACAAGCAUGAGUUCUGUUGAGCUCCACUCUCACACGCUUUUAAAUAUAUUUUUCUUUAAACUUGUAUACAGAUUUUUUUUGUUGUUGUUAUAUUUCCAAAUUGGUGCACUUCAGUGGUUCUGCUUUAUUAUGUGUAUACCUUUCUAUUUUCUGAAGCCUCGGCUAGAAAGGAUCCCUUAGCAUUUCUGACCUGGCUUGGAAAGGUUGCCUUUCCCCAGCUGCACGAGGAGAACAAUGUGAGAGAUGAAAAUGAGUCAGUAGCCUUUGAUUUGUUUUCUCUCGUUCUCCUGUUUCCAUUCUGUGCCCGUGUAAAGGCUGCUCAGGUUUCAGAUGCACUGUGGUUAGCUGGGCUGGUGGUGUCUCUUAUAAGCAGCAUUGCAGAAGGGAGCACUGCACACUGAGUGCCUACAGCCUGUGUGUGCAUUGUGCUCAGUGCUCACUGUUUAUUCCCUUCUUUUUAGGCAUCUCAAUACUGACUUUCACUGCAGUUUGUUUAAAGUUCUCUCAUGUCCCUGUGCAGUGUAAACCGAACCUCUGUGAUACCAUCCUCUCCUCUCUGCCCCUCUCUUCACCUUCCCCUGAGCACGGAGGCACAACGGUGCAACAGGAUCUCUGUGCUUGAGCUGCUAGGGCAGAUGUUACAUCCCACCCUGCUUGUAAACUCGUUGUUCGCAUGGGAGAGGAUGCAGGCUUGUUCUUUAUUGCUGUAUUUCUGACUGUGCACAAACGGUCCUCGUGGUAAGGAUCUGGAAAUCAGUGCUCUGAACCCAGCAGUUCGUGGAGGCUGAGAGGACUCGGAGGAACCAUCUGCCUGUGUGUACCUCCAUUGGGCAGCAGUAGAGCAGGUUAUAGACCUGGGUGGGCCUGAUCCAAAAUGGCCAAUCUUUUUAAAAAUAAUUUCAUAAAAUUAAUUUUUAGGAUUAUCUCUAUGGAAUAUGGCAAUUUUCAUUAGCAUCAUCAUGCAGAUUCAGCAAGGCACACAACAUGUGAGGACAGAGCUGUGCCUGUUCUGGAUACAAGUGAUUAUUUCACCUUGAACACAGGUGUGUUGAGCUGGCUCCAACACUCUUACAGAGCCAGAGUGAGGUUCUGAAUUUGGAAUUCUGCAAAUUCAGCAGCCUGUCUUCUUUAUUUGCUUCCUAUAAACAGUAGGAGGAGGUGGACAUUGUACCAGUGCAUCCCUGCAAAGACAUGAAGAUUAAUCACGUUGUUUCCAACUGUCCCUACGUGCAGAAAUGAAGAUUAACGUUAGCUCAGUAGUGGGCAUCCUAAUGCACUCUAAUUAAAGCUUCAGCUUUAGGUCAAUCCAGGAGUUACAAUAACAUUGAUUGCUGUAGAACUCCUCUCCUAAUUGGAUUUAACACUUAACACAGAAUCAUUGUUUUACAUUGCCUUUGAUGUUGAAAGCAUUCAUUAUAGUUGUUCUGCAUUCCAUGGAGCUUUGGGACGCAUCUACUUCCCAAUGACUGCCACUGAGAGACAGUUUCCACUGUUGAAGAAGAGCUGCCUAAUUUUUACAGUUUGUGGUGAUGUUUUUAGUAUUUGUGUUUCAAAAGUGAUCAUUCAACUGUGCUUAAUGUGGAAUUGAAGUUUUCUUUUUUAAAAGAAGCCAUCUGUAUGUAAAAAAUACCUCGUGAACAUCUGAUCUGUGUGCCAUGCAUUUCCUGUUUCGAGUUCUUCCUCCCACAGAUUUCAAUGGAGCAGCCGCGGCGUGUUCCAAGAAAAACAGAAAAUAAAGAACAGUGUUUGCAUAA